CGUGUUCCGAUCCGCACAAGGACAAAUAGCGUGAGGAGGAGCAGAGUUUGAGGAUCAUGGCUCGCCUUCUGCUCAGGAGAGGCUUCUUCAGCUCGCACAUCCGCAUGAGCUCCGACCAGCUGGGUGAGCUGGGUACGGGUGCAGGUAAAGGUGGCGGUGGGGGCGGAUCAGUGCGUGCUGCUGGAGGAUCAUUCGGGAGAAGGGAGGCAGCAGAGGAGGAGCGCUACUUCAGGCAAAAGGAGCGGGAGCAGCUGGCGGCCCUGAAGAACCACCACGAGGAGGAGAUUGACCAUCACAAGAAAGAGAUUGAGCGUCUGCAGAGAGAGAUCGACAGACACAAGGGCAAGAUCCGCAAACUCAAACACGACGACUGAAGAACACACACACACACACACACACACGCCUCCGUCCAGCUUCACAAACACAGCCCGAGUCUGCCUCUGUAGCUCGUUCCUUUGCCUUUCCUCUGUGUGGGUCCUGAUGGGUGAUCAAUAAAUAUGGUGAUGUUUGAUUAGA